AUGGCAUCAGACAGGACUCCCGUGGCAUUGACGCCGGGUGUCAUCGUCAAAGCGACAGAUACUUCCACCCAGUCCAAUCAACAGCAAUGGCCCAGCAACGUGGAAGAUAUUCCCAUUCCUGCUUUGGACACAGGAGUCUUCCUUGCCGAGCUAGCGAACAUAAACAAGCUGCCCGCGAGGCCGAAAUAUACUGACGAAGAACGAGAUGCAGCUCACAUGAAUCCAGAAUCGCUACUCCAAAAGUUUCAGGACUACCCAAUAUCACCCAUCGCAGAAGGGACAUACCGCGACACUCAGCUCGCCUUGACCAAGAUCUCUCAGCAGAUCGACUCCAGCUAUGCUUCGUUCAUGAACACUGCCAAUUUCGAGCCAUCAAUCCCGCGUCCAUGGACCAUUGAGCAGAAGCGACAGGCAUUCAGCUUCACAGAUCCUACAUCCGAUGGAUACCCGCCACAUUUGAAUCUCGCCGGCAAUAGAGCAAUGUCGGACAUGAACCCUGGAGAGUGGCAGAAGUCUACCAUGACACGUGCAGACUUGUUCAGCAAGAUGAGACUUGCUCAGAUGACAGCGCUGCUACCUCAGCUUAUCCCGAAGAAGUUCAUCACUACCUCCAUCGUGGCUGUUGCGCAGGAACGGGCAAAAGUGGCACUUGGUGAUAUGGGCAGACCUGAUCAGGGCCGCACUUUGAAGGACGUCGAGGACUACAACAGGCGUCAAAGGGCAAGGACUGGAGGCUUUUUCGAUCGCAAUGACAUCUUCAAUUUGCCAAACAUGGGCGACAUCCUUGACUGGUACAGUGAUAGGCGUUUCGCCCAGCAGUUUUUGACUGGCUCAAACCCAACUACUAUCGAACGUGCAAGCCAGAAGUGGAUCGUGCAUUUCAUAGAAAAUGCCACUCAGUCCGCUGCUGACCAGAGGAUGAAGUUAAAGAUCCAGUCUCUGGUCCUCAACGACCCCGAAUCUCUGUACAUGCAAGACUACAGUGACUUCCGCGAAGGAGCAGGUUUUUCUCCCAGCCAAGAAAUGAAGUGCAGCUAUACUGAGUACUACGAUGCUGGAUUGGGCAAAAUGUCAAAGGAGAGCUUCCGCUAUGGUGUUGCAGCUGUCUGCCUCUUCCAUUUGCAGCCAGAUGGUCAACUGCAACCUCUCGCAAUUGUCUGCGAUUGGCGUGGUAGCGCAGCGAAAUCCGUGCGCCAUGAGAUCACAGCACAUCUGGUCAACACCCAUUUCAUGGAGGAAGCAACGAUUGUCGGAGCUCAACGCGCGUUUGAAGAUAGCCACCCGGUGUUCCAGCUCCUAUACCCUCAUUGGCAGAAGACACUUUCGGUCAACGCUGGCUCCCGCGCAUCACUAUGUCCGAAUGUAAUUUGCGAAUUAAUCGGUAUGAAACUGGAUCAAGCGAAAGCUUUCAUCUUGACGGAGUACAAGAAGUUCGACUUUGUGAGCAGCUACGCUCCCAAUGACCUCGCGCGCCGCGGCUUUCCAGUCUCGAGACGCCACGAAGCCAGAUAUCGAAAUUAUGCCUAUGCCAGAUGCAUCUACUCGAUGUGGUUCAAAAUACGCGAGUUCGUGGAAGACGUGCUCAAGGUACACUACGGUAACGACCCUCAUUCCGCCGACUUGGCUGUCUUACACGACUCUGCGAUCAAGGAUUGGUGCGACAUCAUGCAAACGCCAUCCGCCCCUGUUGGAGGCGGCGCCGAAAUACGUACGUUUCCCACGAUUGUAAACUUCAACAUGCUUGUCGAUGCAGUCACGAUGUGUAUACAUCUCGCAUCACCUCAGCAUACUGCUGUGAACUAUCUGCAGAACUACUAUCAGAGCUUCGUUCCGAACAAGCCUGCUUGCCUCUAUAGGCCUGUACCAACAACGCGUGCCGAGCUGGACAACUACAAGGAACAGGAUCUGGUCGACGCAUUACCGAUGAAUCAUCCUCGAGAGUGGCUCCUGACCUCGCACAUUCCAUACCUACUAUCUUCAAAGCCUGGAGACAAGGAGAGCCUGAUCAUGUACGCCGCAUCGAAAUAUCAUCUCUAUAAGGACAAGCCCGAUGCUGCCAGCAAAGGUAUAGCGCAAGCCGCAGCGAAAUUCUACAAAGCUUUGGCAGACAGCGAGGACGAGUUUCGAAAGUACGGAGACGCCACGUGGGAUUCAUCGGAAAUCCGCUACAAUGUCCUCAGUCCAAGCUGGAAUGCUGUCUCGAUUGUUGUUUGA